CAGAAAUGGGCAACAAGCAAACCAUUUUCACUCCAGAGCAACUGGAUGCAUAUCAGGACUGCACGUUCUUUACCCGGAAAGAAAUUCUGAGACUGUUUUACAGAUACCGAGAUCUAGCCCCACAGCUAGUUCCACUCGACUACACCGAUAAACCAGACGUGACACUUCCCUAUGAACUCAUUGGCAGCAUGCCAGAACUGAAGGACAAUCCAUUCCGCCAGCGGAUAGCUGAGGUUUUCUCAGAGGAUGGAGACGGCAAUAUGACUUUAGAUGAUUUUUUGGACAUGUUUUCUGUGCUGAGUGAAAUGGCUCCCAGAGACUUAAAAGCUUACUAUGCUUUUAAAAUUUAUGAUUUUAACAAUGAUGACUACAUAUGCAAAUCAGAUCUAGAGAAAACUGUUAACAAACUGACCCGCAACGAGCUUACCCCAGAAGAAGUUCGCCUUGUAUGUGAAAAGGUGAUUUAUGAAGCUGACCUGGACAACGAUGGCAAGCUUUCUUUGGAAGACUUUCAGCAUAUGAUAAUACGAGCUCCAGAUUUCCUCAGCACAUUUCACAUUCGAAUCUGAACCUAGAAAAACUUCAUGAUAGAAGUGUUUCUUGAACCUGCAACAACUAUUGUUUCUCUUGAGACUACCAUCCUGAGAGUGAUAAAUGUGAGGACCACAGAUGAUGAUUUCUGGAAACAGAACCAGUCAGAGAAACCUUUCUCUUGUUUACCUCUUUAAAAGGAACAAUCCAUCUUCACUGAAAUUUCCCUGUAAUUUCACAGAAGGUGUGUGUUUUUCUAAAAUUGUCUAUUCCUAUCCCCUUCCCCCACUAGAGCAAGUCUGGUCUAGACAGUGAUAUAGAAAAAAAAUCUUAUUUUUAAUUUCAGAUACCAGCAGAUAGGAACUUGUAUCAAAUUCUAAAAAAAAAAUCUUCUAAAAAAAAAUCCUAAGAAAAUACCCUACUAUCCACUAAAAACAAAACCAUUAUAGACUCACUCUACAUGCACAAAUCCCCAUACCAUUUCCUGCUGACCUACUCCUUUUCCCCUGAGAGACAAAUCUAGCUUUAGUUUAGGAAAACAUAUUGCUGCCUACAGAACUUGGUUUUCCUUAAAAGGAGUGCAAGAAGUUCUCACUCAGCUCAGGUUUUGAAGUCCUGAGAAUGCCACCUACUUUGAAAAUACUUUUAGAAAAAUCACAGUUAAUUCAAAAUUGUGUAAACAACGCCUCUGAUCAGCUUUACCAGUUUUAACAAAUGGUUCAGCGAAGCAAUUUGCUAAAGUAUUCUCCUAGUGUGUAUCAGAAGUCCAUUACGGUUCUGAGAAGGGUAUCAGGAAGUGCUCUCUAUUUCAGAAAUUGUAAUGAAAAGUCACCAUACUUUAAACAACAAAAGAAGAUCCUAUCCCAGAUUCCUGUCACGCUUUUCUGUUUUUAAAAGCGUCCUGUUUUCCACACGAGAGUCUAUAUGUAUUAAUGAUGAACGGAACUGACAAACUAAUUUUUUAAAAUUC